AUGCAAAUUGGUAGUAUCCGAUUUAAUGAUACUGCAUUGCAAAAUCAGCUUUAUCAAUUCUUUUGUGGCGUUAGAAAAUCUGGAAAAAAAGAAUAUGCACCUUCUUCAUGGCAUGUAGGCUUUGCUGCAAUUGCUAGAGGGUUAUCCGAUAUUUUUUAUCAAAUUAGACUUAUUAAUAUUCAUGAUAGGCAUAAAUGGAAACGGCUUCAUGAAAUUUUUGAUGAUCGAAUUAAAAUAAUUCAAGAUAAUCAAGAUACAUCUCGUAAGAAAACUGAUGCACUUGAAAUGUGGGAAAUUGAAACUAUUCUUAAUUCACCAAAUAUGCAAACUGAUACACCAAAAGGUCUUACAUAUCGUGUCUGGUUUUGGCUAACACUUCUUUGUAAUCUGCGUGGUGGUGAUCCAAAAAGAUUAAAAAAUUUCUGGAUCGUUAUUAAUGAAGAUCGCAGUAUUGAAGUAAAUAUACCUCGUGAAAAAAAUAAUGCAGGAGGUGCCAAAAAUACAUACAAUGCUGGUAGACAUAAUUAUAUUCCCGCAGAUCAACCAAAUAAUUAUUCUUCAGUAGCAGAUAUUUUAUUAUAUCAAUCUAAAAGACCAAAAGAUUGUAAAACUACUGAGUUUUUUUUAAGGAUUAAUACUUCACAAAAAAUAUAUCAUGGUAAUUGGUUCUGUGAUUCUACACUUGGAAAACAUUCUCAUAAUAAUAUGCUCAAAAAUAUUAUUGCUGAUUGUAAAAUUGAUGCAAAGGGACGAAAUCUU